AUGCCAAUAGUUAGCAAGACGUACAGUCGAAGAAGGGGUGGUUGUCACCAACGCGCUUGUAAUGAGUCACGGAUUGGCGCAAGAGGGUUGACAAAUAUCUCAUUUUACCGACCCGGAUUUGGACGUGGAUUCAGGCAUCCCUCCGUGCCCGAAGUUACUUGUAACAGUUUUCCAUUUAGCAAAUGCUAUCAAUGCCGUUCUAUGCAAGAUCUACGUCUUCAGCAGUCCAUCACCGAAUCUGCGGAUACAGAACUGUCAUCAACAGUCCCCAAAUUUCAUCAAUUUCCACUCUUACCAGUGGAAAUUCAGUCAGAAAUCUGGUCUUUCGCAGCUCUACACCCUCGUACCAUUCCUAUUUUGACUCACUGGAUACCUCCCGAGAAUCUAGAUACAUCAAUUUCGCCACAUAGAGGAAACGCGGGGAGCAUUAACAUUACCCCCCUCUCUCGAAUCCCCCCUCUUUUGCACACAUGUUCUAGCUCACGAGCAAUAGCGCUUCUCAAAUACCGCAUUAUGAGUAACGAGCCUCGUUAUCUAGGUGAGGAUCUGUUUGAUGAUGAAGAUCUUGAUGAAAAUGGUCUUCUCAUUGAUGGCAAUUAUGAGAUUACUCGAGGAUUUUACAUCAAUCCCUCAGUUGACAUAUUGUACUUCACUUCACAUGUAGAAGAUCAAUAUUUCAAACAUAACACUAACUGGAAUGGAAACGAGCCCAAAGAUUUGAAAGCAGGUAUAUUCGCGGAAACUCUCCAUUUUCCAGUCAAUGAUGUGUUAGAUUUGUUAACGGGGUCUGAGAUUGAUAAAGAAAUCAGAUACUUGGCUUUUGAUCUCGAUCUCCCCGGAGUGGGACACAGGAUCUUAGGAUAUGAUGGUUUAGCGUUAAGUCCUAUUGGAAAUUGGACGGGUCUGGAGAGAGUGAUAUUCUGUUUGGGGGGUAUUGAUGGUGUUAACAACGCGGCCGAAAAAGAUGAAUUUCCAAAAGACUCAAAAGGAAAAGGGAAAGAAACAUUCCCCAUUGACAAAAGACACGAAUAUAGUUCCUCAGUCAUAGAUUUCGAGAAAGAGACAAAACUUUACGGGAUUCGUGAAUCCUUCACCGGCCCGUCGGCAGGGAAAGGCAACGCCUUGUUCAAAAAAUGCAUGUCUAAAUACUCGCAGUUUUCUGGAGAUUUGGUUUCUCAAUCAGAAGAUUGGUUCGAAUGUCUCAAACCGACCGGGAGUUUAGGUGUAGACGGACGGCCUGCUGUUAGUUAUACGGGUACAUUAGGGUUGGGGUCUCUCGAGCAAAGCGGUGACAUGGAGGGGGGAGAAAGGCUGGAUAUACUACCAGUCAUAGGUUUUGGGGUAGUGAGUAAUUACAUCAGUGGUGAAGAAAGAGACCGUUGUGGAUUGGAAGAGAAUCCAUUUGAGAAAAUGUGUUAUGAUGGGUAUGUAUCAUUUGAGAAAGAUGAGGCCAACGAGAACAGUGUCUUUGGGUGUUCGGUGGUCAUGGGUGAAGACUGA